AGAUCAUAACUGAGCCAUCCGAACAUGCCUCAGGCCAUCGACAUUCCCCAUGGUUGGUCCUUCAUCCCGCGGCGCCACGCCACACAGCCACACAGCCGCUUUCGGCUGCUUGCGGUGCGGAGACAGGGAUGGUGACUUUUGAGUCGACUCAAAAGCCACCUCGAUGGUCACGAAAUGGAGAUAGAGGUCCACUUCGCUCUCGCUUCUUCGCUCGAGCUAAGAACACCACUUCACAAGGCGACUGAUACAGCGUAGUACUAGGCUCUCCAAAAACCGUAUCAGCGACGUGACGUCGUCGUCGUCGCCGUAACCCUGAACGCCUUCCUCUAUUGCGUGCAUUGUUACUAGCCCACUGACGGCCAUUGUCGCUCAAUUCCGCCGUUACCUAGUAAGAAGGUCGUCCGUUUCCACGUCGUCGGACCAUCGUCGCAAUGCCGCCGCCGCGGGUUCGCGACGCACCGUCGCAGUUCGCAGGCUCGGCGCCUGCUACUACCAGUACUACUAGCCCUGGCGCCUGUCGUGCCUUCCGCCAGAGCAAGCAGGGUUUCUCCUCCUCGUCAUCCUCCUCCGCCUCUUCCUCCUUCCUCGCCGCGCCGCUUCUCCUCCUCGUCCUGGCGUGGCUGGCCGUGGGGGCACACGCGGCGUGCUCGAGCGUGCGGCAGGUGGUGAUUGUGGGCGCUGGCAUGUCGGGCGUGUCGGCCGCUCACCGCAUCGCCACCACCAACGGCGAGUGCUUCAAGGUGACAGUGGUGGAAGCGCGCAGCGGAGUGACGGUGGUGGAGGCGCGCAACAGGGUGGGCGGGCGCAUGUGGAGCCGAACGGAGGCCGCCCCUGCUGGCUCUCCCACAACGUUUUUCAGAGGGGAGCUGGGCGCGCAGUGGAUCGAGGGCGCUACAGGUAACCCGGUUACCGCCCUAGCCCGGCGCUUCAAGCUCAAAAUUGGGCAGCAGAACGGGCGGGAAAUACAGUACACGGCGAAUGGGAUUCCUUACGGGGAGAAAGGGUGGGCGGCAUCGGAGCGGCAGUAUCAGACGCUGGUACGGCAAGGCUUGGCGUGGGCCAACAAGCAGGACAAGGACGUGACGCUGCAGCAGGCGUUCACCAGCACCCCCUGGAGGCGACAACUGUUUAUGAAGCCUUACGUGCAGUCCCGCCUGGCGGUGGACUAUGAGUUCAACUACGGCACGGCCCUCUCGCACCUCUCUGCGUGGUACUAUGACUCGCUCGCCUUUGAAGAUCCCACGAUGGUGGUUACCAACGGCUACGACAACAUACCCAAGGGGCUCAUGCAGGAAGCACAAGCAGCAGGCGCCAAGCUGAUUCUCAACUUUGAAGUGACCGGCAUCUCCCAGACCUCAGGUGCAGCACCCAAAGUCACGAUCACCGGCAAGAACACCGCCAAUGGCGCCACCACCACCCUCACAGCCGACGUCGUUAUAGUCACCAUCCCCCUCGGCGUGCUUAAAGCCAACACCAUCGCUUUCCAGCCGGCCCUUUCUGCCCGGAAAACGGGCGCCAUGGCCCGCCUCGGCGUGGGCUCGAUCAACAAAAUCUUUUUUUUCUUCAACGAGACCUUCUGGCCAGUCAACGUGGACGAAUAUUUCAUCGAGGACGGGCAGCUGCCCGGGAAUCGCGGGCGGUGGGUGGAUUGGGUGAACCUGAAGCGGGCGUGGGGGCAGACGGCGCUGGAGGGGGUGGCACUGGGGGAGUAUGCGGAGCGAAUGGCCCAGAUGACUGAUGCAGCCGUGAUCGCAGACGCCCAGGCGAAGAUGCAGCGCAUGUUUUCCCAGUAUAGGAAGAAGCCGGUGCAGGCGAUAGCCACAUGGGUGCAGCGGUGGAGCGACGACCCGUAUGCGCGCGGCGCGUAUAGUUAUGCGAAGAUUGGCGUGCAGGGGAACGGGGACCACUGCACGGAUUAUGAUCGCAUGGGGCUGCCUGAGGGCCGGGUGCUGUUUGCUGGGGAGCACACCAUCUGGCAGUACCAGGCCACCGUGCACGGGGCGUAUUUAUCGGGUGUGCGAGAGGCAAAGAGGGUCCUGAAGAACUUCUGAGGGAGAUGUCCAGAGGGCUACCGGAUGUCAGGUGGUGUGCCAGAAGGACUGCAUGUGGCAGUAAGGACGCAGUGCUUUUAGGUGAGGUUCGACACCUGAACGAGCAUGAAUACCACGCUGUGGUGCGUGGAACCAUUCUGACUGCGUCUACACAACCUUCCACCCAUCUUUAAUUCUGAACCUGAGGUUUUAAAUUCUUGCUUUCUUUCUUUCUCCCAAAAGCUCCGCGUCCUAAGAUGCCACCGUGCAUGGGGCAUGGGGGAUGGCAGAUUGUACUUGUUACGUGAGAAAGGAUGUGGGAGGUAGAGAGUGAGGGCGUAUUCCUACGAAGUUGCAUCAGCACUGUAAUGGCUUUUGCUGAUGCUGAUGGUACUUCAAACGCGCACCCUGCAGAUGAGAAACAAGUGAAUGUUGGUCGCGCAUGCGAAAUGCGAGCCGUCGAUGGUCUUUUUCAUCCACACGGAGGCCAUCUAACACAAGGCACUGAUUCUCGAGAGGGUGACUAUCGAGUGGAGUAAUCGGAACAAAAUGCGCGAAAAAAA